AUGGGCGGUGACCAGCGCAGCAUCUGUGCUGCAGCGAGCCCGAGAUCUGGGGACGCAGCUGGAGACAAGAGUGGUGACUGCAGCAGGGCAGCGGCUGCUGCCGCUGUCUUUGCUGCUGCAGCCGGAAGGGAAAGUGCUGCAGCUGCAGGAGGAGACAGCAGCGCAGCAAGAGCCAUCACAGAGGAGAAGCAGCGUGGCGGGUGCUGCGUCUUCUGCUGUAUCUGUGGCUGGUUUCUCUCUUUCUCACGGAGCAGCAACAAAUGUCUUCCUCAGGCAGCGAGUGUGUUCAGUGCAGCGUUUGCUGCUGCUGCUGCUGCUGAUGAUGAUACUGCUGCUGCUGCUGUUGCUGCUGCUGCUGCUGUUGCUGCUGCUGCUGCUACUCCCACAGAACUGGAUGGCCUGCUGCCUCCGCUGCUGACCCUAGAGGGGCUGCAGCAGCUGAUAGACACCACGCUGCAGCGCGCAGCAACUCUGGGGGCAUCGAUCAUCAACAGCCUUGUGGGGGGGAACGUGGUGCUGCAGCACGAGGAGACAACGCGGCAGUUCGUUGCGCUGCUGGCUCGACUAUCCCGGCAGCAGCAGCAGCAGCACAGCCGGCAGAAGCUGCAGCAGCAGCAGCAGCAGCGGAAACACAAAGUCAACAGCAGCGGGCCCCUCUCUGUGGUGCUGCAGCGCUCACCAAGCAGAGGAGAGAGUGUCUUAGCUGGUGCUGCAGGCGACUCUAGCCCGCACACUUCCCCGCAGCAGCAGCAGCAGCAGCAGCAGCAGCAGCAGCAGCAGGAGCGGCGGCGGUCAAGUCUAGGAGCAGCAUCAACUGCAGCUGCAGCGGGUGCUGCAGCUGCAGCAGCAGCAGCAGCAGAGAUAGACAGCAGCAGCAGCAGCAGCAGCAGCAGCAUUGCUUUCUUCACAGCACUGCUCGAAUUCAGCAGGAGACGCCUCGCCGCCCACGAGAAAAUCACGCAGCGGCUGGGGCCCCACAUCCCGCUGCUGCUAGCAGCCCCCAACACGAAACCCAAGUAG